AUGGAAGUCGAUUCAGCAGAAUAUGCAAUUCGUCCACAGGAACUGAUUGUGCACGAUUACCAUUAUCCCAAUAUGAAUUCAGCUGGUACAGUGGAGGACAAAAUAAGGACAGCAAAGACGGAGUGCAAGCAGUUAUACGACCAAAUCAACAGAAUUAAAGGCAAAAUUCAAGACACUCAAUUGAUGAACUUGUCUCACGGCGUCAAUUCAUUACACGAGUUAAACUUACAACCGGUUCGAACUUUGAAAGGACAUAAUAAUAAAAUCUCAGACGUAAAAUGGAGCCAGGAUUCGGCAAGCGUACUCAGCUCGAGCCAAGACGGGUUUAUAAUCAUAUGGGAUCCCUUCACUGGGCUUAAAAAAAGCGCUAUCCCCUUGUUAUCCCAAUGGGUCUUGAGUAGCGCUAUCAGUCCCAGCGGAAAUCUGGUUGCAAGUGCGGGUUUGGACAAUCAUUGUUCAGUGUAUCGUGUUUCAAGAGAUAAUAGAAUACAACAGAAUGUGAUUUCCAUCUUCAAGGGCCAUACCUGCUACAUUUCAGCUACGGAGUUUCUUGAUGAGAGGACUAUUUUGACUGCAAGUGGUGAUAUGACAUGCGCUAUGUGGGAUAUUCCUAAAAGUAAAAGAGUUACGGAAUUUAUAGAUCACUUAGGCGAUGUCUUGACCAUGGAUUUACCACCAGCAAACACUGGUCGAUAUGGUCAUAAUUUCAUCACCGGAGGAUCGGACGGGUAUGCGUAUCUAUGGGAUGUUAGACAGCCGAAUUCAGCCCAAAGUUUUUUCAUCAGUGAUAGUGAUGUUAGUGCCAUCAAAUUUUUCAACAAUGGAGAAUCCUUCAUGGCGGGUUCAGAUGAUGGUAGCGCUAGGUUAUUUGACUUAAGAAGUGAUUGUCAGAUAUCGACGUACUCAUUUUCAGACGGUUUACUUCAGCAGCACCAGCUUCAACAACAACAUCAUCCUCAUCCUCAUUCUCAUGCUUAUUCUCGUAUUCAAAAAAAUCGGUAUGGCUCAUCCUCUUCUUCAACUUCGUCUUAUCCAAUUGUAAAAACACCUCAAUCUUUGAAUUUCAAGGAAAGUUGUAUCGAAGAUCAAGGAGUCAUAUCAAUAGAUUUCAGCUCUUCUGGUAGAUUGAUGUACGCUUGUUAUGCGGAUUACGGGUGUGCAGUAUGGGAUAUUAUCAAAGGAGAAAUGAUUGGCAAAGUUGAUGGUCAUCGAAACAGAAUAAAUGCCGUCAAGACGAGCCCUGAUGGAAUGGCAGUAGUGUCUAGCUCAUGGGAUAUGACCCUAAAAGUUUGGACACCGGUUCAUCAGUGA